AUGACAGUUUCAAGAGAGCCUUCCAUGAUGGACCGUAAAGUUAUUGUGGAAGGAGCGGCAGUUGGAAAGGACGUCGAGAGGCUCGACACCAAUACAUCCAUCUUUGAGCCUCCACCCAUGCAUCCCUGGCAGCGAAGAUUCUUGGUCAUCUCCCUCGGUCUGUCGUUGUUCUUAGGUGCUCUCGACAUGACCAUCAUCGCCACUGCGCUACCAACUAUCGCCAACUCUCUCAAAGUCACAUCACGGGAAUAUGCCUGGAUUGGAAGUGGAUAUACGUUGGCAACGACAGCUUCGACUCCAGUGUGGGUGAAGAUCUCAGAUAUCUGUGGACGAAAGUCUAGUAUCAUGGCAGCUGUUACCAUUUUCAUGGUGGGGAGUCUUGUCAGCGCAUUGGCUCACUCCAGCGUUGCGCUUCUUGCUGGUAGGGUGGUCCAGGGACUAGGUGGCGGUGGCUCGAUCGUGCUGGUGACGGUCAUUAUUGGCGACGUCUUUGCACUUGCAGAUCGACCCAAGUAUUACGCCAUUACUGGCGUUGCUUUUGCCUUGGCCAGUGCCAUUGGUCCUGUUCUGGGUGGUGCUUUUACCGAUGGUAUCGGAUGGAGAUGGUGCUUCUACAUCAAUCUUCCCUUCGACGGUCUUGUCUUGAUCUUGCUAUUCUUCACUCUAAAUGUCACAAUCGAAAAGGAGUCGUUGACCAACGGUUUGAGCAGUAUAGAUUGGACCGGCUUUCUACUCAUCAUUGGCGGUACAGUCUGUUUCUUAUACGGACUCGAGACAGGCUCCAGUGGUCUGGUGCCAUGGCGAUCAGCCACAGUCAUCUGUCUUGUGGUCUUUGGAGCUCUCAUCUUGGUGCUGUUCAUGGUCUGGGAGGCCAGGUUCGCCAAGAACCCUAUCAUUCCCUUCCGCAUCUUUCAAAAGCAAACCUCUGUUGCCUCCUUCGUGGUUGCAUGCUUCCAUUCCUUCAUUUUCAUAUCCUUUGACUUCUUCCUACCCUUGUAUUACCAAGUGGUUCUGGGGUUCAGCCCUCUGAUCUCUGGAGUUACUCUGUUUGCUUUGAUUAUCCCGAUGUCAAUAACCACUUUCGCGAGUGGCUUGUUCGUCCGAAAGACUGGCAACUAUCGUGUCAUGAUCUUUGCAGGAACUAUUCUGUUGACUCUGGGCACAGGACUCUUCAUUGAUCUAGGUGUCCACCGAUCAUGGGUGCGCAUCAUCAUCUACGAAGUCGUCGCAGGUAUCGGAGCCGGACCAUUAUUCCAGAGUCCCAUGAUCGCUUUACAGAGUCACCUUCGACAGGCCGAUGUUGCAGCGGCAAUGUCGGCGUUCUCUUUUCUAAGAAAUCUGUGCACAUCCGUGUCUAUCGUGAUUGGAACAGUUCUAAUCCAACAGACUCUUCAUAGCAAUAGUCUGACGACGGCGAUAGGAGAUGGCAGUGCAGCUGACACGGAUAAGCAGCUGUAUGUGUAUGGACUGCGUAACAUGUGGAUUUUCUAUGCCUGCGUCGCAUCUCUUACUAUUGUUGCGACGUGCUUCAUCAGGCCAAAGGCACUCAAGAAAAUCGAGUCCAGCGAACAAAUAGCAGAUGUUGAGGCAAUUCCAGAGAAGUGA